GGAAGAAAUUAUGGCCUACUAUUCCUAAAUGUAGGUGUUGGUGCUGGUAAUGAUGGACACUAUGUGGGUGCUAUAGUUGAUGGGAACUUGGAGAAUGUAAUGGUUGGUCAUGAUAUGGUUGCUGGUAAUGAAAUUGAUAAUGUGGGUGCUAUAGUCGGUGAGAACUUGCAGAAUGUUAUGGUUGCUGGUGAUGAAAUUGAUAAUGUGGGUGCUAUAGUCGGUGAGAACUUGCAGAAUGUUAUGGUUGCUGGUUAUGAAAUUGAUAAUGUGGGUGCUAUAGUCGGUGAGAACUUGCAGAAUGUUAUGGUUGCUGGUGAUGAAAUUGAUAAUGUGGGUGCUAUAGUCGGUGAGAACUUGGACAAUGUUAUGGUUGCUGGUGAUGAAAUUGAUAAUGUGGGUGCUAUAGUUGGUGAGAACUUGGACAAUGUUAUGGUUGCUGAUGAUGAAAUUGAUAAUGUGGGUGACUAAGAAGAUUUUGAAGAGAAUGGAAUAUGCAAGUUUC